CCUCCACGCACCUCGCUGGCGGCGGCGGGCCGCGUUCUUUCCCGACCACCGAAGCGGGCUGAGGAGGCGGGGCUGGUGGCUGGGAGCCGGUUCGAGCCUCUAGCUUCUCACCUCCAGACGCUGCACGCGGCCGUAACCCGCAGUCCUGCGCCGUCACUCCCUCCUAGCCCGGUCGCGGAUGACCGCUCUUCUCCGAGCGCUGGGACCUAUCGCUGGCCGCCGCGAAGGCCUGCGCGCCCUACGUCCCUUACUCAGCGUCCACUUGCUCUCCCGCCCUCUCAAAUCCAAACCCCAAAUAGCGUUGCCCCCCUUUCCCAGCCAAAUUAGUCCUUCUCCUUAGGUGUGUCCACUGGCCCUCAGGACUCAUGAAAGUUUGGGACUAAACCUAUCACAGCGUCUACUCAAAGGGUCAAGGAAGCUAGUAUUCCUGAGAGCCUCCCUAAGGACUACACUUCGCUGGCUUCUAUGUGAUGUCUCUCCAAAGUUGAAGAACUCCUUCCUGUCUCCUUCAACUCUACUGACGGAGGUGCCAUGGCCCCCAAGCUGGGGGAUGAGUGGAGCACGGUUCUGUCUCACCUGGUCCUGGGAGUGGUGUCUCUGCAUGCAGCGGUGAGUUCUGCGCAGUCCAGUCGAGGGGCUGCUGCUGGCUUUCUGCUCCAGGCUUUAGCUGCUGUCACCAUGCUGGCACCAGGGCUGGGCACACAUGAAGACUGCCUGGCUGGAGCUUGGGUUGCCACCGUCAUCGGCCUGCCUCUUCUGGCCUUCGAUUUCCACUGGUGUACUAAUGGUCACUUGAUGUGCGCUGGCUGUUUUAUCCACCUACUAGCAGAUGCCCGACUGAAGGAGGAGCAAGCCACAUGUCCCAACUGUCGUUGUGAGAUCAGUAAGAGCCUCUGCUGCCGGAACCUGGCCGUGGAGAAAGCUGUGAGCGAGUUGCCCUCAGAAUGUGGCUUCUGUCUGCGCCAGUUCCCCCGCUCCCUCCUAGAAAGGCACCAGAAGGAGGAAUGUCAGGACAGGGUUACCCAGUGCAAAUACAAACGUAUUGGCUGCCCAUGGCAUGGCCCUUUCCAUGAGCUAACAGUGCAUGAGGCUGCAUGUGCUCAUCCCACCAAGACAGGCAAUGAGCUGAUGGAGAUCUUGGACGAGAUGGACCAGAGCCACCGCAAAGAGAUGCAGCUCUACAACAGCAUCUUCAGCCUACUCAGCUUUGAGAAGAUCGGCUACACAGAGGUCCAGUUCCGGCCGUACCGCACUGACGACUUCAUCACGCGCCUGUACUAUGAGACGCCGCGGUUCACAGUGCUGAACCAAACGUGGGUCCUGAAAGCUCGCGUGAAUGACUCGGAGCGCAACCCCAACUUGUCGUGCAAGCGCACGCUUUCCUUCCAGCUCCUUCUCAAGAGCAAGGUCACAGCGCCCCUGGAGUGCUCCUUCCUUCUGCUCAAGGGCCCGUACGAUGACGUGAGGAUCAGUCCUGUUAUUUACCACUUUGUCUUCACCAAUGAGAGCAACGAGACAGACUAUGUGCCACUGCCCAUCAUCGACUCCGUGGAGUGUAACAAGCUGCUGGCCGCCAAGAACAUCAACCUGCGGCUCUUCCUGUUCCAGAUACAGAAGUAGGAUGGGGCCAGAAUGCCUAAGAAGCGAGGGCCACAACCCCCUAGUGCUGUUCCAUUCACCCCUAGCUUGGCAGCGGCUUCACACGACUAUCUGAUCAUUUUAGCAAAGGAGGAGAACAAAAACCAAACACUGGGAAAGUCUGCAUGCGUGUGUGACAGGGUCCCUGCCCUCCUCGCCCCUGCCUCCCCACUCCUGCAGGCAGCCAGAGGCUGGGCUGACCACAGAGAAACAGUACUCUGGGCUCCCAGGCUCAGGGACUGGUUGUGAGGAGCAAAAGAAGCCAGCGCCCCUGCCCCCAGCUCCCAUCCUCACAUCUAGGUGGCAUUCUGAUUCCCUGGCCAGGCUCAGGGGCCCUGGCUGACUUCAGACAGCAUAUUUGAUUGCAAUUAAAAAGGCAGCCUUGUUUCCUACUUUCUGUUUUGUUGAAGGGGAAGGCGUGGCUGUGAAUGGACUUAGUGGGAGCUUUGGUUUGGCUUGGCAGGCAGAGCCCUGUCCCUGAUAACUGCACCUGUGUGUAUACCCCAGGAGAGACUUGGAGACACUGUCUCCCCCUCAGUCUGUCAUGGGUUUGGACUCAGUCCCAACCAGGGAGAACCAAGGAGAGUUGGGGCUCUCCCAGCCACCACCUGCUCAAAGGAGGCAGGACUUGGCCAUGAGGGCUCAGCAAAUGUUUUCGGAAUGCAGGGUGAAAUUCUGCCUCUUGAUUCAGAAGGGAGGGGGCAAUUAAACUCUACAGGCUGUUGUACAUGUGAUGCAGUUUUAAUGAGAAACAAUUCAUUCACUCUAUUCAGCCUAGAGGGUCCAAUGUCCUCUGUGAGACCUGCAUUUGGGGAGCCACCACUGGGUUAGGGAAGCAGGGUUUCUUGUCUGAAGGAGGUAGACCCUCCCCAGCUUUGACUUGGUCAUUGCCCAGUGCUGAGUGGUGGUUGUGUGCAGAUUCAGUGUUUGGUCCUCACAGGGUGGGAAGCAUCCCUGCCCGGAGGGCUUUGGCCCUGGUAUUUUCUUCUCUUGGGACCCUCAACAAUAUGGGGAAGGGUAGGAUUUGCCUCCCUCAAUCUUUGUUUAGGAAAUGAGGCUCUUCAGUCAUAGCUUUUCGUUGUUUUAAUACCAAAGAAUUGGUUUCCUCUGCCCUGGACAGAAUUCCAUUUGCCUCCGAGCAGCACCCACCACUUCAUGGGGACUGCCUGGGUCUGUAACCCCCCCCCCCCACACACACACCUUGUGCCCUCUAGGCAUAGGGUAGCCCUGGAUAUGUGUUGGAUGGCUGAUCCUUGGGGUUUCUUGAACCCUGACCCUCAGGGCUAAGAAAUCCAGAGAAGAAGCUGUGACACUGGACACAGGUCCCACCCUUCUUCCUAAGUAUGUCCAGGAAUAGGCCACUGUGGUCUUCCUGCCUGCCUGCUCAUAGGCUGAAGGUUUCUCAGCUAUUUCCCAGAAUCCUGUUUGAAUUCCUGUAUAGGGCUUAUGGGGAGAUCUCAUGCAAAGGUGAACUGUCCGGGAGAGUUGAGGAGGCUCAUAUUUGGCUUCUGCCUGCUACAAAAUAGGAUCCCAUGCCAGAUUCUAGCACACCUGUGGGAGCAGUGGCCUCUGACUCAGGUACAGCUUCAUGAUUGCCCAUGCUCUUAGGAGCAACCCCUCCUCUAUGCUCACUUGGUAAGCACAGAAGACCUUAGGAGGACAGCAGAAGGCCCCUCUGGAGCUUCUCUGGAUUCCAAGGUGAUGGUGUGAAAGACAGGACAGUGGGUUUACCCUGCCCACCUGUAUCUGGGUGAGAAACUGGUUCACAGGACUUAACCAGCACAUCUCCAGGAAGCUUGGUGGGGCAUACAAAAUAUAAGGGGGUGCAAGUGGGCUGGAGGGGGAUCAGAGGCAGAACUGUGUGUACAGUUGUGUCUGGGAAGUAUACUCCAAGACAAACUUGGAAUCGGGAGCAGUGCCCAGGCAGGCUAGGAGUAUGGCAUAUCUGAAGGUGCCUAGAAGACUGCUAAGGCAUCUUGGCAAUAUACCAAGUGUAACCCCUGCUCUAUGACUGUCACCUGCAACAGUUGAGCCUUUUAGACUAGGGGAACCAGACACCAGGAAAGACUAGCAUGUCCUGGCCGUUCUGAGGACUGGCAUGACAAACCUUUUGGUAUCAUCACUGUGGGCCCUUUAUUUGGAGGGGCACCACAUAUACUGGCUUGUGUCCAGAAUCCUGUCAUCUUGCUGUCCUUAUCUGUCGUCUCUGAGGAUGGGGUAGGAGCUUGGCCUCAGCAGGUAUUGGGGAGGCUUCAGGGGGCAUAGGCCAAGCCCAGCCUCCCCCUUUCUGUCUCACCUCCAUGCCCUAUGAGCACCACAUCUCUCAGUUUGCCUAAAGUGAGACAUUUACAAAAAAUAAAAAUAAUUUUUUAAAGAGUGGA